ACAUAAUUGAUUUCCCGAGUUUCGUAUUUUCCAGAAAGAAAAUAUGUCUAUCCCGUAUAGUGGUACUAUAAGAAGGUCAGGCGGAGUGGUUUCUGCCAUAGGAAAACAGUUACGAGCAGUUAAUCUGAAACCUGCAAAACGUAUUACAGUUAAAUUUGAUCCAUUUGGAGAUAAUGUCACACACACAAGGCACUUUGUACAUUAUAUGAGUUCACCGAAAGUAGCUCUAACAAAUCCAAAUUGCAUCUUGAAAACAGAAAUUGUUUGUGACCGUAGUGAGCCAACAGUUGACAUUAAUUUGGUGCCUUCAAUAGCAGAAACUGCUAACAUACAAAAAGUUACAUUCAAAAGUGGUAAUUUGACUUGCCUAGAACUACUCCAGUUAUUAAAUAAACACAUAUCUGCUUUGGCACCCAAAGAACAAAUACCAAAUACGAUACAAACAAAGUUAGAAAAGAAAAAGGGUAAAAAGAAGUGAAUCAACAUGAGUCGCAAAGGAAACCUUCAUGUUGUAGAGGAGAUAUAUAACCAAAUACCAGCAUUCACUGAUGUAUUCUCGGAAGAUACAUUCUAUAUAUUUGUGGCAUUAUUUGUCUCAUCUACAAUAUUAGUUGCCUUCAUUCUGUCUAGGUUCAUCACCAUAAAACCUGUAGAAUAAUUUAGAUAAUCUGAAUGUUCAAAAUAAAUAUUUAAAAUUACAAAAA